AUGUCUGCCAGCCCUCAAGCGACCCGCAAGAAGAAGCUGGCGGUGUGCGCGCCCGUCAAGGCUUUGGUCAAGUCGUGCACCUCCAAGGCCGGCCCGACUGCCUUGAUGGACCAGCUGUGCAGCGAGCUGCUAGCACCUGCCAACGCUACGGCCGACAGCAAGGUCGACAGAGUGUCCAGUGACCUGGCAGCCCUUGAGCCCAAGGUCACCGCCGCCGUCGCCCAGGCCAGCUCUCUGCAGGCCACCUUCGUCCAAGGAAGCAACGUGACAGCCGCGCUGCGCGCUCAGGUGGACGAGCUCAAAGCAGCUAUUGCGGCGCUCACCGCCGCCUUGCAAAAGCUGCAAGCAAAAGCCGCCAACGCCACUGUCCCGGGCACCAUCACACAGGAGCUCGCCGCCCUUGCCGCCACCGACACGCGCACCGCCCAGCAGCUGGCCCUGCUGGAGGCGGCAAACCAGACUGCGGCCCGGGACAUCGCGGCGCUCAAGUCAGCGUCGCAGCAGUGCUCUUGCAGCCUGGAGCUGUCAGCCGUCAACACCACCCUGGCCGACAUCAGGGCAGCCCAGACGGCGGACGCGGCGGCGGUCUCCCUGGCCAACGCCACCGUGGAGUCCCUGAGGGUCACAGUCACCACAGGCGCGGCAGCCAUCGCCUCAGUCAACACCAGCCUCACCGCCCUGGCAGCCAAUGUGGCCAAUGUGUCUGCCAUCGACUUGAGCGUCUACGCGAAAACCACUGACCUGGCCAACAUCAACGCACCCGAGAUUUGCAUGGAGCUGAUGCCUCUGGCGGCGCAGAUGGUCGGCAGCCUGAAGCCUGAGAAGAUGAGGACCAAGGUCCGCGUCGCCGCUUGCAAGGUUGCCUGCGCGGUCGCCACCGCGCACCGGGCCCUCGUCCCAGACAGCGCCGCCCUGGCACGUGGCGGCCCAAUCCAUCUGGAGGAGGCCAGCGUCCAGAUGCGCGACAUGCGGCCAGCCGUGCCGCGCUCGGCGCGGUGCCUGGCCGGCGGCAAGGGCGUGCACUGGAUCCCUGCGCGCGCCAUCAUGUGCGUGUGCGCCGACGCGCCGCUGCGGCAGGAGCUCGAGACCGCGGUGUGGCGGGUCAGGCUGCUGGGGCCAUCGGCGGCGCCGGGGCUGGUGUCGCAGGUGUGGGUCGAGGUAUGGCGCCAGGCGGCCCCCCAUGAGUUCAGCAAGGUGGUGGUCCUGCUGGACGUUGUGGCGCUGCUGCAGGUGCGCCGCGGGGUGCGCUGA